AUGGCUGUUUUAACAGAAGAGAGCUUGGACAUAAAUCAAGAUGUAGAAGAAGGGAUAAACGAGUUCAACGUCGAGGAAGAAUUACCCUCGUUUUUCCUAACAGUGCUUGAUAGAGCGGAAUACCUUAUCUGCAAUGACAGCAGAAAUGUAAGUGGAAUACAAACCCUUCUUGUUGUUCUUGAUCAAACUAUAAGUUUGUUAAGAUUAAUACUCGCGGAGGUUGACGAAGAUGAUCAACAACAAUGGGAGUUGCUCGCCGGCUGCUUUGAAACUAUCGCACAAAAUUUGCAGCAACACACUCUCGAACUGUCGUUGAGGCCAACAAACGUAACUUUACUCAGAUGUGAUAUUAGUCAAACAGGAAGACCUGGUAGACCCUCAUUCCUAAUUCAACCAGAAAUGUUAGAAGAUCUCUUGGAGCUAGGCUUCUCAAAACAAAGAAUUGCCAGAUUGUUAGGCGUCUCUAGGUGGACUAUUCACAGAAGGGUUCUGGAAUACGGACUAUAUCAUGUGAGUGCAUUCAGUGAUUUAUCUGACACAGAAAUAGAUGAGAAAAUUAGAGAUUAUAUUAAUCGCCAUGGAAGAACCACUGGACAGGUUUUUUUAUUGGGAUAUCUCCGUUCCAUUGGAAUUCAUGUGCCAAGGAGACGAAUCCGUGCAAGUAUAACAAGAGUUGACCCAGCUAAUGUUGCGUUAAGGUGGGGUGCUGCUGUUUACCGUAGACACUAUCAGGUGCCAUGGGCCAAUUCCCUGUGGCAUUUAGAUGGACAUCACUCGCUAAUAAGGUGGAGCCUGGUCGUACAUGGAUGUAUUGAUGGCUUUUCGAGAAGAAUAAUUUUUCUCCAUUCCAGUGCAAAUAAUCUAGCAAGUACUGUACUCAAUUUGUUUCUUAGUGCUAUUGAAAGGGAUGGGGGAGUUUGGCCUUCGCGUAUUCGAGUAGAUCAUGGUGUGGAGAAUGUUCUGGUUUGUGAAGCAAUGGUGGAAAAUAGGGGAGAAGGUCGGGGAAGUUUCAUAGCCGGGCCAUCAACACAUAACCAGAGAAUCGAGCGGCUUUGGCGGGAUGUGUUUCGCUGUGUCUGCCACUAUUAUUAUUAUAUAUUUUAUGCCAUGGAAGAUUCGGGAAUUCUUGACACCAGCAAUUCUCUUCACAUGUUUGCCUUACAUCUGGUAUUUCUCCCAAGAAUCAAUCUAGCUCUUCAUGAAUACCUAGAAGCAUUUAAUCAUCAUAAAAUACGCACUGCACGGAAUUGGUCACCUUAUCAAAUGUGGGUAAAUAACAUGAUGAAUCCAGAUAACCCUUUAUCAAGUGGGCAACAUGACAACGUACCAGAGAAUGUGGAAUUUUAUGGGUAUGAUCCCCAUGGACCAUCCCCAUUUGAGGACAGUAACAACAAUGUUGUUGUACAACCAGUAAACAUUGCAAAUGGGAAUGAGAUUCAAGCACAGAUUUUGCAAGUUAUAGAUCCAUUGAUGCCCUCUGUGCAAAUGGGUAUUGAUAUUUAUGAAGAGGUUUUAAGUCUGUUAGUUAAUUAUGCACACACAGAGCAGUAA